CUCGCAUUAAUCUGUGAGGCCGCAGACAGUCCAACAGCCACUCAAUCCCAGCCCUCAGCGUGCGGAGACAGACAACAAAAAUGAACCUCUUCUGCUUCACGCUGGAUGGCUCAACAGACAGCCUGUAUGAACCGGCUCAGAUUGGUCAGAGCAGUCAAGACUCUUUACCCAGAAGGCCGUUCAGCCCUAACUGUGCGAAGAACAUGGGAUUGUGGAGUGGAUCCGAGCCUUGCAUCGCCACGAAGCUUCCAGAGACUCACACAAGUAAAACUCGUGAAAGUAAGACACUGGAAAAAGCUAAGAAGAAGUCCCAAUUACAAUCGACAUCCGAAGACGAGACUACAGAUCAUACGGGGUCUGAUGCCCACUGGCCAUCCACCAGGAAAAAAGAUGGAUUGGUAAACGGCAAGAACCAUUCAGCUGCAGAGGCGGCCAAAGAUCAUCACCGGUCAAAACUUCUCUCCAGAGAAGAGAAAGAGGAGCGGGGGAAUUCAGAGAAAGCAGUUAAAAAUCCCUGCGGUCAGGGUGUGAAUUUUGAAGCCUGGAAUCCCAACAGAGAAAACUCUGAAUGCAGACAGCAGGACUUGGCCAGGAGGUCAGAGGUGGAGGACGAGGCGCAGGGCACGCUGAAGAAGAUCCAGAAACUGGUGGGAGGGAAAAAGGGAGGUCAAAACAGUAUGGAGGAGAUGAGGAACAGCACUGAAGCUGCUGGUAAUCUGACUGAAUCCAACAGCAAACAUCACAGUCCUGUCAUCACCUGCAUAAGUUUAACCAAAAAAGCUGAGAAGAAGCCGACAAGAGCUCCUUCACGUCCAACAGCGCAAUCCCAGCAGCCCUUGCAGGAGAACGACACGCUUCCAGAGCUUUUUUAUGAGUAUUAUAGCCCCGUGGCUUUUUCUCCAGCAUGGGACACGUCCACGCACACCUGCCACAGGUCAACAGCUGAACAGGUGAUGUACAACUUUAAUUUCACCCUGCCCAGAGACACGGAUUGGGACAGAUAUGAAGAUCUUUUCCAGCGUCUCGACCCCUACAAACGAUACCAGCAGGACACGUGGAUCACACACUCUGUCAUGGAGCUGGACAAGCCUGAUGCGCUGCGGUCCACCAGUUUUGGGAUAUUUGACAGACAACAGCCCAAUCAGGUCAAGGCAGAGGAUAAAGUAGAAAGUUUGCCUGUGGAAAGCCCUGAGGUGGAUCCCAGUAAAUCAGGAGGUCUAAGCAAGAAGAUGAAGAACAUCUCGCUGACCAUGCGGAAAAAAAUGGGCCGGAAAUACACGAAAGCCCUGUCAGAGGAAACGGGCGAGGAGAAUGAAGCUGCAGCAGCUGACGUUGUGGACGGCACACUAGCCAAAGGCAACAACCACUCCAGUAACUCUGUGGAGAGUCUGUUCAGUCUGCACAGUGGCCAAAGCUCAUCUAGUGGUGUGACCAGCGGCUCUGAAGGUUAUAGUAACAGAGACAGCCUGCGUUUAGAAGAAGAGGUGCCCUUUGCAGGCCAGUUCUGCGGCAAAGCUAAAGUCCACACUGACUUUGUUCCCAGUCCAUACGACACCGAGUCUCUCAAACUCAAGGUUGGAGAUGUCAUUGACAUCAUCAACAAACCACCAAUGGGAAUCUGGACUGGAAUGCUGAAUGGGAAAGUGGGAAACUUUAAGUUCAUCUAUGUCGACGUGUUGGUGGAAGAAAUCACACCACAACCGAGGAUUCGUGCUCACCGGAGGAGCAGGAGACCUCGACCCAAAACCCUGCAGGAGCUUCUGGAAAGACUCAAUCUGGAGGAGCACAUUUCGUCUCUGCUGCUGAAUGGCUAUCAGACAGUGGAGGAUCUUCGGGAUUUGAAGGAGCAGCAUCUUGUCGAGCUGAAUAUGACUGAUCCUGAACACAGACACAGACUGCUGGCGGCAGCAGAAAACCUGCUGGACUCUGAAUAUAAUAAUCAGAGCCAUGGAGAGACAAAUGAAGAACCCAAAUCUCCCUCUGAAGAAGAAAAGAUCGAACUGAACGACUGUCCCAGAGACUCAGGUUGCUACAUCGGAUCAGACUGUUCAGACAACAGUAAAGAGGACACAGAGAGCCAGCAAACGCCUCUCAGCCCACCGGCACCCUGAAGCACAACCACAGCCUGUUUAUUCAGCACAAUCUGCCUCUGAUUAGUGCAAAGACUGAAAGCCGCUGACCACAACCUAUUUCUGGGCAGUGUAGGGAGGCUUUGUGUUUCAAACUUAAUGCAUUAAGGUGUUUUGGUCCAGGGUUUGAGUGCUGGAUUCUCACAUCACGGACACAUUGAUAUUAAAGAUGAUAUGUACUGUACAUAUGUUGUAAAUAUGGCGAGAGAGGUGAAGCUUCGCUCUUGUAAACCAUUUAAACUUUGCCUUGCAGAUGUUAUUAGACAAACAACAAACUACUGAGAUGCAAUAUUUUAUGCAAUAAACAUAAUCCUUACUAC